AUGUCUAAAUCUACUUUAUUAACAAAACUUAUAGUUUUAAAAAGAUUUCUUUCAAGAUUACAGGCAAAACUAUUAAUUUCUAAAGAAUCUGUAGUUGUUGUAGGAAUAUUAUAUGAAAUUUUUUGUCAAUUUGAUCCUUCAUUUAUUUUACAAAAUGAUAAUGACAAAAAGUUUAUUGUUAAUAUUAUUAGUAAUUUAAUUAAAUUGUGGUCUAAUUUAAAGAUAAUAAAUGAUAGACUUAGAUAUUAUAAUCAUAAAGUUUAG